AUGUCGGCUUCUAAUAAAAACUCUGACGUUGAGGAUUACUAUGGAUAUUGGCAACCAUAUCCCAAUAAUAUUCGUUCGCGGCGAUGGUUUCAGCAAUUUGAAGCAAUAAAAAUUGGUGGACCAUUUUGUUUGAGAGCUAUAGCAGCUUGUGCAAUUGCAUACCAUGUGGCGUAUUAUACUUAUCAGUUCACUGCAGUAAACCCAGAAUAUCGACACGAUUUGAGGCAUGUGAUAUGGUUAAAGCAGAAAUUAUCUGUUUACCCAUCAAUUGGUAUUUGUCGCAAGGAAAAAAUAGAGAAUUUUCCAGAGAAGAGAUCGUAA